AUGUUUAUGAUUCGUCGUCAACUCGCUACAUUAUUGACUCGUGCUCCUGGUUUAAAUGUUUAUCACCCAGAAAGGUCCUUUAGUGUUGUCACUCGUAGGCUAAAUGAAAAAAUUGACAGAGUUUCUGAAACUGCAUCCGAUUGGGAGGCUACUGCCGUUGUAGAUGGCAAAAUCACAAAACUUUCGCUUGAAGAUUUUGCUGGAAAAUUUAUUGUUUUAGUGUUUUAUCCAUUUGAUUUUACUUACGUUGCUGAUUACAAAAAAACAAUUUCAAAAAGAUAUUCUGUCUUGAGUGAAUCAAUGGGGGCACCAUUAAGAGGCCUUAUAAUUAUUGAUAAUGAGCGUAAAAUUCGCGUCGCCCAUAUUAAUGAUGCACCAAUUGGUCGAUCAGUUGACGAAACACUUCGUUUAUUAGAUGCUAUUAAACAUGUCAACGAAUUUGGAGAAGUUUUUAAUUGGAAAAAAGGUGAUCCAACAAUAAUACCAAAUCCUGAAAAAGCUAAAAAAUAUUUCUCCAACAUUUCACCAAAAGAACGUGUACGUGAAUUAGGAGUUUAUUGUGAAAUGUUACCAUGUACUCAAAAAAUUUGCGAUUUAAAUUUUACUCCAAAAGGAAUUAUUUUAUCAGGCAGUCCUUACUCAGUAUAUGAUGAUGAUGCACCACAUGUAGAUAAAGAUAUAUUUAACCUUAAUAUACCAAUUCUUGGAAUAUCUUGGAAUCACGAUGGAUCGGUAGCAUCUGGUAUUCAUAGAGAGUAUGGUCAUGUAAUGUUAAAAAUAAUCAAGCAUCAAAAUCAUCCUUUUGUAGAUAGAUUAUUUGAUGGAUUAGAAGAUGAAGAAGUUCAGGUUUGGAUGAGUCACGGAGAUCAAUUGGACAAAAUUCCAAAUGGUUUUAAAGUGAUCGGAAAUACACCAACAUCUAAAUUUGCAGCUAUUGGACACGAAGAAAAACAUAUAUUUGGUAUUCAAUUUCACCCAGAAGUAACUCAUACACCACUUGGUAAAAAUAUUCUUAAAAAUUUUGUUGUUAAAAUAUGUGAAUGCAAAAAAAAUUGGACAAUGGAAUCGUUUAUUGAUAAAGAGAUUAACAGGAUUCGUCAAUUGGUUGGUGAGAAGGGUCAAGUGGUUGGAGCAGUAAGUGGUGGUGUUGAUAGUACAGUAGCUGCUAAAUUAAUGAAAGAAGCUAUUGACAAUGGAGUAAUGAGACUUAAUGAAUGUGAGACGGUUAAGAAAAAAUUUGUAGAUCAAUUUGGCAUAAAUUUGAAAGUUGUUGAUUCAUCAGAAUUAUUUUUGAGUAAACUCAAAGGUGUGACAGAUCCUGAGAAAAAACGUAAAAUUAUUGGUAAUACUUUUAUUGAGGUUUUUGAAUCAGAAGCUUCAAAAAUUGACCAGGAAACAAGUAAUGAUACAAUGGGCAAAAUUGAAUAUUUACUACAGGGUACUUUGUAUCCUGAUGUUAUUGAAAGUAUAUCUUUUAAAGGUCCUAGUGCAGUUAUUAAGACUCAUCAUAAUGUUGGUGGCUUAUUAAAAGAUAUGAAGCUUAAAUUGAUAGAACCACUUAGAGAAUUAUUCAAAGAUGAAGUAAGAGAAUUGGGUAAAUUGUUAACAUUAGAUGAAGAACUAAUUUGGCGGCAUCCUUUCCCUGGGCCUGGAUUAGCAAUACGUAUACUGGGAGAGGUUACUCCCUCACAAAUAGACAUAGUUAGGCUAGCGGAUCAUAUUUACAUUGAAGAAAUUAAAAAAGCAAAUCUAUAUCGAAAAAUUAGUCAAGCUUAUGCUUGUUUGUUGCCGGUGAAAGCUGUUGGGGUGAUGGGUGAUAAAAGAACUUACGAACAAGUUAUUGUUCUGAGAGCUGUCGAAACUUCAGAUUUUAUGACGGCUGAUUGGUAUCAAUUUCCUUAUGAAAUACUAAAAAGAAUCAGUAAUAAAAUCAUCAAUGAAGUUAAAGGUGUAAAUAGAGUAGUUUAUGAUAUUUCAAGUAAACCACCUGCAACAAUAGAAUGGUGUGUUGAUUUGAUCUUUUUGAAUUAUAAGUAA